UAUGGAAAUUUAAUUCACCAAUAACUUUUGUAUCAUAAAAGUUGCAUAAAACCAUAAACUAUACAGUAAAGCUAUUGAAAAACAUGAAAAUACAGAUUGUUAUUCUCGUAACAUUACUGGCUUUUGUUAAUACAAAUAUUAUUCAAAAUAUACAAAUAUUCGACAAUGAGAACAAAACAAAAGAAGAUAGUAUAAAUGAAAAUAACGAAAAAAAUAGAGCAGAAAAUAUUAAAGAAGAAGAAAAACAAUUAGAAUUAGAUAUCGGCCAAAUUAGCACAGAAAAUAAAGAAGAUAGAAUAAAAGCAUUAGAAGAUAAAAGAGAUGAUAUUAUGAAGAAUAUAACUGAAGGAAUAAAUGAUAGCAUUACAAUGUUACAAGAAACCAACGAUUCCGAUGCAUUUAUAAAAGAUUUAAAAGAUCUGAGAAGUGAUAUUGUAAAAUUGGACAAAGUUUAUAGAAAUUCUGAUUCAAAUAAUGACACCAGAAGGCUAAGUAAGUUACAUAACUAUAUGAAAAAAUUGCCUAGAGAAAUGCAGAUUCGAAUAAAGAAUGACAGAAAGCUGAUUCAGGAGAAAGCGGCUAAAAUGUUUAAGAAGCUGCAAGACGAAGCGGAUGAACGUAGGAGGAAAAAGAAGAAAACAAGAAGAACUGGAGGCGGGAGAAAACAUCUCAAUGAAAAGUGUUCUAAGUACGGCUUCAAAAGCGGCUCUAAGGACAGUUAUGAGCGUAAGAGCAAAAAGAGGAACAUAAAAGAGCCCUGCUGUAGAAAAUGUUGUGAGAAAUCAUAUUUAGGCUGCCUAUAAUUUCAUCAAAAUGGGACAGUGAAAAUAAAUGCAACGGAAAUAUAA